AUGGUCAUAUUCUCCCUAUUCACCACGUCGACAUUAUUCGUUCUCUUCUCUUACUUCUUCUAUCGUUAUUCUCUAUAUUUGACUGCCAAAAAAGCACGACUAGAGAAUGUCGCUCAACGUGACGAAGGAAUUCUACGAGAUAGGAGCAUCUUAUUGGUAAUUGCGCAUCCAGACGACGAAUGCAACGAGCAAGGUUUAGGGGAAGAAAGGAAAAAGGAAAUAGAACAAAGUUGUCGGGUGUUCGGUAUAGAUGAAUCACUUGUAAAUAUCGAAGAACACCCUUCUUUACAGGAUAAUCCAAAUACGUCAUGGAAUACCGGAUUAAUAGCGGACAUUCUUAAAGAAUACGUCGAAAAAAAUGGAAUUGAUACAAUUAUAAGUUUCGAUGAGUAUGGUAUUUCAGGUCAUUUGAACCACAUUGCCGCUUUUCAUGGAGCAGAACAAUUAAUCGCAUCUUAUGGCAAUCAGACGAUAGACGUGCAUUUUUACAAGCUCAAAACGGUGAAUAGACUUCGAAAGUAUAUUUCUAUACUAGAUUUGCCAUACACUUAUUACAGGAAUAAUGUUGCAAAGCGAUAUUCAAAAUAUCAACAACAAUCAUUAUCAUUACAAAAUCAAAAAAUGCCCAAUGGCAAUGGCAAUGGCAAUGGUUUUCAUCAUUCUUCUAGCGGGAAUGUUAUAAAACAAAGGCCAGUAUCAACAUCAUGGAAAAGAAAAUCACUAUUAUCUACUUUACCGCCAUUAACCAAAGUACCAGAUAAUUUAUUCUUUGUUUCUUCACCCGAGCAAUAUAAACAAACUCUUGAUGCCAUGAAAUGUCACAAAACACAACUU